AUGUUCAGGGCCGCCAGAUCUUUCUCCUCUUCCGCUAGAGCUUUGGGAACUAAAGUCUUCAUCACUCCAUCGAUCAAUGGUGUGAAGCAAAACCCAAUCAAGUUUGAGUUAUAUGACGACGUUGUUCCUAAAACCGCUGAAAACUUUAGAGCCUUGUGCACUGGCGAAAAAGGUUUCGGAUACGCCAAGUCUAUUUUCCACAGAGUGAUCCCAAACUUCAUGUUGCAAGGUGGUGAUUUUGAAACAGGAAAGGGCUACGGUGGAAAAUCCAUCUACGGCGCCAAGUUCCCUGACGAGAACUUUGAAAAGAAGCACACCAAGCCAGGUUUGUUGUCCAUGGCCAACGCAGGCCCAAACACCAAUGGCUCCCAGUUCUUCAUCACCACUGUUCCUUGCCCAUGGUUGGACGGUGCUCACGUCGUUUUUGGUGAGGUGAUUGAAGGUUUCGAUGUUGUGAAGGACAUUGAGGCACAGGGAUCUUCCAGUGGCCAGACCAAGACUGCCAUUGUUAUUGAGGAGUGUGGAGAAGUUAAGGAAUAA